AUGAGAAACCAAAAGAACAGGUCACAAAUGGGAGAGUAUCGCUUGCAAUAAUUACAAUAAGUGGGUGUAAAGACUUAAAAUAAUAGUGCUUAAGAUUAGCAGAGAUACUUUAAUGGACUAAUAGUUAUGAAGCAGAGCAUUUAAGAUCGAUAUGAUAACUACAAUCGACUUGCGAAUCAAAUCUUAGAGGGGUAGAAGAAAUAAUUAUGCAAUCAAAGCACAUUAUAGCAGAUCCAUGAGUUUGAAUACUAGAAAUUGGAAAGAAGGCAGAACUUCUUUAACGAUAAAGAGUCUGUUAGAACAAUUACUAGAAGUGCUUCUCAAGAUGGAUUGUCUCAUGAGCAUCUGCCCAAAAUUUCAAUGUAUGAAGGUUAGAAUUAAAUCAAUAUUGGAAACAAUAUGAAUCAGAGAAGGGAAUUAAGGAGUAGACAUAUAAGAUAUUCUUCUCUGGAUUAAAAUGAUGUUGAGAUUAGAGUCAAAUAAUAGUUACAACAAUAAACCCCAAAAAUUAAAUACAUAACCCCCAUAAAUACUUUCACAAAGCCAUAACUUGAUUUAAGUUAAGGCUAUGAAGUUCCCAGAUCUCUAAAUAAGACUGAACUCGGGCACUACAAGGAGAUAAAAUUGUUCAGCGAUUAAUAAUCUUGGAGUGAUAUCAAGCCAGUCAAUCAAAAUAUAAAAAGUGUUUAUAAGAUGAAAAAUAGAAAUAUAAGUCUUGAUAAAAGUGUUCUUGGAAGAAAGAAACUUUAAAGUAUUUAAAGAUAGUCAUUAGAGUAAGGUAUAUAAAUAAAUGAUAUGUGA